AUAAGAGGCUGUAAACGGUGGCUAAAAGGCCACCGGAGCGAUGCCGAUGUGGUGGGGAAGCAGGAGGAGGAGGGGAAGGGGUUGGAGUGCCUGAGGAGAGGAGCCACCACCAUCCUGGACCCCGUGGGACCAUGCAGCAUGGGGUUAAGUGUCCUGGUUGGGUAAUGGGGACCUGCUCGUGCCAGGUCUGUGGUGCUGGAGGAGAUGGUACUGGGGUCUGUCUGUGCAGGCUGUGUCAGCACCCCCAAAAUCGCUGCCCCGGCCGCAGCAUCCAUGUGGGCUUGCAGCCACCGUCCCGGGCAAAGCAACACGGCCACCUUGGGGUCCUGAUGGCACUGGGGUCAAUGCAAACCUAGAGGUAGACAAAUAUAAACUGAUUUUAAUCGAUGGGUUUCUUAAGGGUUAGGAAUCCAACUGAGACAGAGCUCCCUGGAGCUGCCUGCUACCCUUUGGGGUGCUCGCAGCUCUCCCAGUGCAUGGGCAGGGGAGGCAGUGCCUGGUCUGGGCUCCCCAAAACUUCCCCCCAUUGGUGCAUGGCACAGCCACAGCCAUUUCUGAGUCACCCCCAUUGCUUGUGGACCCGAAGCCUGUGCUGGAAGAACUGGUUACGUGUGGUUGGGAGCAGCCCCGCAGCCAGGCGAGUGCUUCAGGGGCAGGAGAAAUGGAAAAGGGCAAAUAAAAUAAAAGUCCCUGUGCCCUGUUCAGAGCAGGACCUGAUCCCCACCCGCAGCCCCUCACCGCUGCUUUGGGCCUUCUUUGCGCCCCAUGAGCUUUGGACCUGCAUCCCCCAGGGGGGUUUUGAGUGGGCAAAGGGUGCAGCUGGGGUUGGAAGGGUCCCAGGAAGGGACAGUGAGGGGGAAAAAAUCCCAUUUCAUGGAGCUGGCUCAGCUCUGGGAGGGGAUGGUGAGCAGGGAUGAAGGCACCUCGGGCAGGCUCGGUGCCCGGUGCGACAGCAGGGACGGACGGAGGAGGGACAGGAAAGCGUGACCGGCAGCGUGUGCUGGGAGGGAAACGCAGGGUCCGGCUCUCCCAGCCCCAUAAGACCUCCAGUAUCCGGCCAGGGCAAGGGAACUGUGGUGGGACCCGUGGGGCUGGGGACAGGCUGGUGGCCCGUGUGGGAGCGGGGUGGCUUUGGCAGGUGGCUCUGCCCCGGGAAGGGGAGGAGGCUGCGCGGCACUCCCAGCCCGGCCGGUAUCCCUUGCCACCUCCCUGCGAUGCUCCAGUCCCGGCUCAGCCUUGGCAGCAGCGCAGGCAGGGAGGGCACCCCAGGACAUCCCCAGCAUCGUCCCGGGGGCAACCCUGGCUGAGCCUCCCCGUCCUUCCCCGCAGCCUGGAGGAGGACAUGGAGGAGGACAACCAGACGGAAACCUGGCACCGAAGCCUCCAGGCAGUGCUUAAUGCCUUAAACCAGACGCUGCACGGGGUUGUCCUCUGCCCCGCCGACCGCCCUGCCACCACCACCGUCACCGCCGCCGCACGCAACGCCAGCGCCCGCGCCGGCCGUCCCGGCCGCAACGACAACGCCUACAUGUACAUUCUCUUCGUCAUGACGCUCUUCGCUGCUACGGUGGGGAGCCUCAUCCUGGGCUACACCCGCUCCCGUAAAGUGGACAAGCGUAGCGACCCAUACCACGUCUACAUUAAGAACAGGGUCUCCAUGAUCUGAGCCUGGCCCUCAUGCCUUGUCCCCCGGCAGCCAGGGGGGUUUGGGGGUCACGUCACUGUGGCGCAUCCCGCUGCUUGCGGGAUGGGGCAGUGCUGCUGGCCAGCCCGGCCCCAAAACUUCUGGGAAACCCCCACCCCGAUACCCCCAGGGAGGUGCUGAGCCCCAGUGUGAGCAGUGUGGGGACAUCCUGGCCGGGCCACAGCUCCUGUCUGGCAGGAGCUGGCAGGAUGUGACCCACAGGCAGGUCCAGGUCCUGCAGACCCACCUUGGCUGAGCCCUGCAGGGACGGGAAUGGCAGAAGCAGCUCCUUUCCCACCAUGGCCUACCAAGCCUGGCAGGGGUCUUCAGAGAGAAAAACUCACCAUUUUCCCGCUCAGCUCAGCCAGCGUUGACCUCCGGGGGCUCCCAGCAGCUUUGUGAUAUGGGCUAGCAGGCUUUUCUGGUGCUAAAACCUUGUAAUUUUUGAGCUGGGCUGGGCCCCGCUUUACUGGCGGGGAAUUAAAAGAGGUGGCGGUUUCCA